AUGGAAGGACAGCGUCGCAACCGGGCUCGUCGCAAAUCCUGCUAUCCUGUCAUGGAAAAGGCUCGUCAAGCGGGUUACCAAGCUUUCCUGCUUUAUCCAGCCACUAUAAAAGUGUCCAAAGGCCAUGAGCACGAGGUAUUCCAGAAUCCUGUGAAGUUGGAAAAGUCCUCGAGAGUCAAGAGGAUGAAGAAUCCUUUGGAAAACACAACGCAGGCUCAAGCUGCUCUGAUCGAUGAUGAGAACGUCACAUAA